AUGGAAAGAUCCCACCUUUCAGCUAUAAACCUCGAAACGGACCAAGAACUCACCAAAAUCCACGAAAAUAACUGCUUGAUCGGAAAGAUCCUUCACUACAAGCCGUUGGACGAAGCCCUUGUGAAAUCCUUCGUGCGCGGCGAAUGGAAGUGCGAAAAUGGCCUCACCGUAUCCCAAAUCAGCCGCAAUUUGUUCAUGUUUGUCUUUCAGGACAACAAAGAUCUGGCCAAUGUCUUAAACAACCGACCUUGGACUAUCAUGGGCGGUCUUUUGAUGCUGUCUGCUUGCCCUCCGGGCGGCUCCCCGCUCGAGCUCAGUUUCUCUCGGUCCCUCUUUUGGGUUCAGGCCCACGGGCUCCCGGCGGACUGCUUGACGGCUCAAAUCGGGCGGAGUAUCGGCCAACUUAUCAAACAGUUCGUGUUCACAGAUUGUGAUGUUGUGUGUAGUGGGAAGCUACCUUCCCGGAAUUUUCUGAGGUUGAGAGUUGUGUUGGAUGUCUUGAAGCCAUUGGCAACCGGGUUUUGGCUCGAAAGGGCCGGGUCGCAUCCUAUAUGGGUCGAUUUCAAGUAUGAGAAGCUGGGUGUUUUUUGUUAUCAAUGUGGGCUGAUUGGCAAUAGCUUUAGGACCUGCAGGUAUCCCUCGGGGGAUUUUAAGUACGGGCCUUGGUUGCGUGCCGAUUCAUGGGGUCAUGGGCCGAGGUUUAAUCGCGAGUCGAGAAUUUCGGCUGUUGAUAGAAAUGCGAGUGCUACUUUACUUGCGGUGCCGAAAGUAGCCUUAAAUCUUGGUGUCAUGAAGGAUUUAGCUCCUGAAGAGGCAUAUGUAACUGCUAAUGUAAGCAUGGAUUGUGAGGAAAGACCCCAUAAAGCUGAGAGUGUCCAUAGAAGAAAACUUUGGCAAAGGUUGUUUUUUAACAGCAUAGACUCGGUUAUCAUGUUAGUAAACUGCAUGGCCAUCUUUUCACGCAUAAAGAUUGUCAAUGAAAGCAAAGAGAAUUGGACUUUGCUCGUGUUGAUAGCAGCUUAUCUUCUCCAUCUGUGGCGUAAGCUUGUUCGCGCAAGACGCGAACCGAAAUUCAUCAGAGGGCUUGCCGAAAUCUUGGUUUCAAUCCUGUUCCUCAUCAUUCUACUUUCCUUCUGA